UAUUUCCCCAAAAUCAUCUCGUUGCGUCUCUUGACAGAAAGAGAAACACACUCAGCGGCAGCGUGGAGCCACAGAAGGAGGUUUGCACCGACUAUGAAGCUCUCUCCUGCUCUUCCUGUACUGUGGUUCAGUUUUCUCCUGCUGCUGCGGGUCUCACAGAGUGAGCGCAGGGAAGACGAUCCAGACGUCGAUAACCCCUCUGUUAACGUGGCCAAGACGGACAGAUGCCAUGAGGUCGACGAGGAGUCGGAGGAGGUGUCCGUCGUUUGUUCGGUGUCCCGAACCGACAAGCUCAACUGCUCCUGGUCGUUCGACGCUCUGGAGACGGGCGCCCAGCUGUCCGUUUCUGUCAGUCUUUUGGAGAACAAGAGCUUGGUCGACUCUCGGAACCAAAGCUCGGCAAACGGCGUCGGCUUCAUAUCCUGGACAAUCGACGGCGGCCAGAAAAAGCAAGUAGUCGUCGAUUUUGAAGUGAUCCUGCGUGGCGCCAGGACGUGUUACACCGCCACGUUCAUAGAGGAGCAACUGGAUAUCCUGGAUCCUCCGGCAAACGUCAGUGCAUCGCUCCGGGAUGGGAACCUUCACAUAAACUGGGACGUGCCAAGCAGUAAUUUUUUUAAACAUUGUUUUGAUUACCAGCUGGACAUCGGCGACCAGGAAAAGCCGAGAACCUUUUCAGAUGGGCUGCAAUACAUAGAGCCCAAUGCCGCCGCUCCCACCUACAGGGUGAGGAUGAGGGCGAAGAUAUCGAUCGACUGCUUCGGAUGCACCCAGUGGAGCGAGUGGAGCCCCACAGUCAUUGUGGAGCAGCCAACAUAUCGACUCGAUCCUCUCAUAAUCGCCCUGAUUUCGCUCGGAAUACCCAUGAUCCUCCUGGCCGUGCUGUUGAUGCUGCGCCAUCAGAGGCUGGUCAAGGUUCUGUUUCCUCCGAUUCCUCAUCCCCCGGCCAAGUACAAACAUUUCCUGGAAAAGACCGAUCCGAUCAACUUCUUCCAUCCUGUUCCGACCACUAAGCCCGAGGAAGAAAUCACUGAGGUGGAGGACGCAGUGCAACCGCCUGCAACAACCCAUUAAAACGGUUCAGGGAGAAGGCGUGUAUUUGCUGCCAGUACUUAUAUGGAUGAGCCAGCACACGUAUAUAGAGGGCACAUAAUGCUGCAGACAUAUAACAGCCUGUGUAGAAAUUGUAUUUAAAUGCAUUCAUAAUCUUCCUCUGUAAAGCCUGGUCUAAAAUCCAUGUCAAUAAUUCAUAUUUUCUAUUGCAUCUGAAAAGCGAUGUGCUAGAUUGUGCAUUUUGGAGCAAAUAUUUUUUAUUUAUAGUCAGAAAUUGUGGAACGUCUUGCUACAGGUUUGGAAUUAAAAACUUUUUAAGACCACCAUGAAUGAAAUUUAAGACCUGCAUCACCAGAGAAAUGUACAAAAGGAGACUGAAUAUUUUAUACAACAGCACCAAGCUUUUUUUUUUUUUGUCUUUUAGUAAUGCUUGCAGCCUUGUCCGGGUUGGCAACAGAAGUGAGCCACUGUCAGAUUUAAUCCAGCAAACUGGCGAUAAUUUACACUUACCAGUGGUAGAUGCAAAAGAGCUAGCUAACUAGCUCACUCUUUAUUAGCAGCUAGUUAGCGGUAGCCUCGAGUCUCAGAAUGCAAUAAAGAAGUCAAACUUUUGCCAGACAGAAAAGUCUCGAGAAAAAUAAACAACAUAGAAUGAGAUAAAAAAAUCAUGCUUCAUUUUAAGACCUGUGAUUAACGCAUCUAAGGCCAACCUACAUUAUUUAAAAUCAAUUCAAGACAUUUUAAGGCUUUAGCUUAAAACACAUGAAUUCAAGGCUUUUUAAGGCUGUGCCACAUGGGUGCUAAAUGUUUGAAGAAACCGAACACGUAGUCAAGCCUGACUCUCUUUUAGUUGAUUAUUCCUGAAAGGAUUAAAAAAGAAAACAUUUUUAAAGUGACAUGUUGGCCAGAGGUCAAUUUUUGAAAAACUCCACAAGGAGAAAUGAUGUGAAAUGAAACAAUAACCUGAGUUAAAAUGAUCGGGCGCCGGUCGUCUGGGUUUCUCCGUUACAUCAGAAUGUUUUAAUUUAAACCCUUGUCGACACACAGAGGCCACCGGCGUACAAGCCAUUUGUAAAACAUGGCGGAGGAUGUUUUGUAGUUCAGUGGAGGUCUUGCGUCUUUGAAUGGGGAGACAACAGAGAAGGCCUGCGAAGGCAAAAUCAACUGGAAUUAAAUACUGACCUGGAAAUGUACAAACUCUGUUACUCAUCAGAUAUUAUUUGCAUGUGUUUAGAGUAUUUUGUCGUUCGACUUUCGUACCUGCUGAGUCUGAAGAGACGGGCUGGUUUAAGAUUUUUGCACAUGUGUACUAAGCUGAGAUUGUUCCAGUGUUUAUUGCGAUGUUCUGCAAAACUUGUACUCUUAUUAUGUUGAAUAAAAUUAAGUUCUUGAGUUUUC